UCAGUUCACAACCUAGUCGAAUUACCGGCACAUCACAACAUUCAGUGUUUGCAAAGAAGUUCUUCCUCCAAGCUCAAAAUGAAAUUCGUUCUUGCUUUCGUCGCGCUGUUCGCGUUCGCUUACGCCGUCCCAGUCCCAAACAAGGAUGCCCAGACCCUGCGAUACGACAACGACCAUGGUGUCGGCGGAUACAGCUAUGCCGUUGAGACUAGCAACGGAAUCCAGCAGCAGGAGCAGGCUGAGCUGAGAAACUUCGGACCGGAAACGUCCGCCAUCGUUGUGCGUGGAUCGUACUCCUUCACCGCCGAUGACGGCCAGGUUUACACCGUGAACUACAUUGCCGACGAGAACGGAUUCCAGCCAGAGGCCGCUCAUUUGCCAAGGGCUUAAAUUGCAGCGACUGUUAAAAGAAUGUGAUAUGUUUGGUAUUGUAAAUAAAAAGUGAUGUUGUGCCAUUUUUGGAAAA